AUGGAAAAGCCCGUGGGUGGAAGGAAGGCCCAGACCCCAGAGGAGGAAGUGCAUUCACUGAAGGACACACCCAAAGGAGAGAAAGCGUCGUCUGGGGAGGAAAGGCCAAGCAAGAGGUCCACGUUGGCCAAAAAGCACGGCAAGGAACCCAGCCCGAGUCCUGAGGAUGAGGAACAUUUGUUUGAUGCCUUCGAUGCUUCGUUUAAAGAUGACUUCGAGGGGGUUCCCGUGUUCAUUCCUUUUCAGAGAAAGAAGCCCUAUGGGUGCAGCGAGUGUGGACGCAUCUUUAAGCAUAAGACAGACCACCUCCGCCACCAGCGGGUUCACACUGGAGAGAAGCCCUUCAAAUGUGAUCGGUGUGGGAAGCUCUUCAGGCACAGCUCUGACGUCACCAAGCACCAGAGAAUCCACACCGGAGAGAAGCCCUUUAAAUGCAGUGAAUGUGGGAAGGCCUUUAACUGCAGUUCGAAUCUCCUAAAACAUCAGAAAACGCACACUGGGGAGAAGCCGUACGAAUGCAAGGAAUGUGGGAAAGCCUUCGCCUACAGCUCAUGUCUCAUUCGCCAUCGGAAACGCCACCCGCGGAAGAAGCACUGA